CUCCCACCUUCAGAUAGAGUUGUGCCAGCAGAUGGUACAGAGGUACAGGAGAUGCCUGCUGACGUUGCCAAGACGUCUGAUGGGAGUCCGAAUCAGCCUGCAGGAUUUGAUAUGAUCUACAGAAUCGAGGACGUCCCGCCUUGGUAUCUGUGUGUGUUGCUGGGACUGCAGCACUACCUAACAUGCUUCAGUGGAACUAUUGCUGUACCAUUCCUAUUGGCUGAAGCCAUGUGUGUGGGGCAGGACCAAUACACUGUCAGCCAGUUAGUGGGCACCAUCUUCACCUGUGUUGGGAUCACUACGCUCAUACAGACUACAUUUGGUGUCAGCCCCAAGGAGAUUUACGGAGAUUGGUCUCUUCCUCUCAACACUUCUCAUAUUUGGCAACCACGGAUACGAGAGAUUCAGGGCGCUAUCAUUAUCUCCAGCCUGACUGAGGUGGUCAUAGGGUUUGCUGGAAUCCCUGGGAUCCUGCUUAAUUCAAUCGGGCCCCUGACUGUCACUCCCACAGUGUCCCUGAUCGGCUUGUCUGUCUUCCAGACAGCAGGAGACCGUGCAGGCAGUCAGUGGGGCCUGUCUCUGCUGUGUGUCUUCCUCAUUGUGUUGUUCGCUCAGUAUCUAAGGAACUGGGCAUGUCCUUUCCCAAGCUACUCCAAACAAAAAGGCUGUCACAUCACACACGUGCAGAUAUUCAAGAUGUUUCCAAUCAUCAUGGCAAUCAUGGUGGUAUGGCUGGUUUGCUACAUUCUCACCCUGACGGAUGUGCUGCCGAACGACCCGAAUAAGUAUGGCUACAAGGCUCGCACUGACGCCCGGGGCGAUAUUAUGACCCAGGCGCCGUGGUUUCGUUUCCCCUAUCCAUGUCAGUGGGGUUUACCCACAGUGACGGUAGCAGGAGUGCUGGGAAUGUUUAGUGCCACUCUAGCUGGUAUUGUUGAGUCUAUUGGAGACUAUUAUGCCUGCGCUCGUCUCUCUGGAGCUCCACCUCCUCCUGUUCACGCUAUCAAUAGGGGGAUCUUUACAGAGGGAGUGUGCUGUAUCAUAGCGGGGCUGCUGGGCACAGGAAAUGGAUCGACCUCUUCCAGUCCUAACAUAGGGGUGCUUGGCAUCACCAAGGUGGGAAGUAGGAGGGUGAUACAGUAUGGAGCAGGCAUAAUGCUGUUAUUGGGAACUAUUGGGAAGUUCACCGCCCUGUUUGCCUCCUUACCCGACCCUGUCCUCGGAGGGAUGUUCUGCACCUUGUUUGGUAUGAUUACAGCUGUUGGACUGUCAAACCUACAGAGUGUGGAUCUGAACUCCUCCAGAAAUCUUUUCGUUCUGGGUUUCUCCAUGUUUUUUGGCCUCAUGUUGCCUAAUUACCUGGAAUCUCAUCCAGGCAGCAUUAAAACAGGUGUAGCAGAGCUGGACCAAAUCAUCACAGUGCUACUGACAACAGAGAUGUUUGUAGGGGGAUUCAUAGCAUUUGUACUUGAUAACACAAUCCCAGGCACUAGAAAAGAGCGAGGUCUCAUUGAAUGGGCGGCUGAGAAUUAUUCAGGAGCAGGAAUAGUAAAAACAGAUACAUAUGACUUUCCAAUUGGGAUGGGGCUGGUCCGGAAGCUGGGCUGUCUGCGCUACCUGCCAAUCUGUCCCACUUUCCGAGGCUUUAAGCCAUCAUGUCGCAAAUAUGAGGAGGAGGAGGAGGACAUAAAAAUAAAGGAAGGUGUGAUUGAUGCUCCAGUUGAAAUGGUCUGCACCAAAAUUUAGCCAUAUUUUUUAUUUGACUUGGUUUAAUAUAUAAUGUAUGCUGUUUGGGUGAAGCUGAACCUUUUUCAAAACUGAGCACCAAUUUUGCUGUCAAGAUUUUUGAUUUGUUUCUUCAAUUUUGCAUCUAAAACAGACAAGAAAAAUGCACCAUUAGAGAAUGGGUGCAUAUAUUUAAAGGAAAACUUGAAUGAACAGUUUGAGAACAAAGGGUCUCUGUUCUUUUCACAUCAAACCAAAUGUAAGAUUUGAUUUGAUUAUAAAGCAUUACGCGUUUUAUUGAAAUUACUUCAAAAGAAAAUGA